GUGCCACUAAAGAAAACCCUUCUCUUUUCUCUCUCCUCCCUAGAUCCGUAGUUGGGGUCGUUUUUCCUUCCCUCAAUAUCACUCUACAGUAAUCUCAAACCUAAAACAAAUUUGGUUUUUAUCUUGUGUAAUUGUAUCCCCUGGAACGACAAAUUGAGCUCUGAGGAAAUACAGCAAUGGCUUCUUAUCGAUCCUUGAUCAAUGUUUACAAGAAUGCCAUCAAUGUCUCCCAAGUCCGUUCGAUCUUUACGACCUCACAUCUUGAGAUGUCUUUUGCUGAUAAGAUAAGAAGAGCAAUGGCUAAAGAUCCUAUCAAUACUCAAGCAAAUCCACAUUCUUUCACCCUACUCCGAUUUGCUGAUGAGAUCAUGAGUUCUAGAAAAGCAUUACAAUGUAAGCAAUUCGAAGUCGGGAGAAUUAGUGAUGAGACGCUUGCGGAUUCGUUAAAAAAAGAAUCAUUAAUUCGAGUUCUUGGAUGUUUCGAUAAUACUGGAGAGAAUUUAAAAGCAAGUCAGAAAAAAGAGGCAGCAAAAGAGUGUAAUUGCACGUUGGGAGAAGUAGAGGAUGUGUUGGGGAGGUUUAGGUGGAUUAAAGAAGCACGAAAGAAGAUGGAUAAGUUAAAGGCAGAAGGGAAACCAAUGCCACAGAACAUGAUCGAGAUUCAAAAGUUGAUGGGCUCAACAGCGACGGAUUUUGCUAGGUCUAGUUAGGCAAAGAGUGGUUCGUAAACAAGAUUAAAAAAAAAGGGUUCCUUUUCUUCCCUUUUAUGACGUUCCAGGUUCAGCACUUGACCAUGCUAAACAUAGUAGCCACUCUUAUAAUCCUUUGGAAUGGUAACAUUUACACAUGUCACUUGACAUACUAACAUGGCAGACGGAGUUCUUCUAAAAGGACAAACCAUUGUCAACCAUCUUAGCUCACCAGAAAGAUAUCGGGUCACGCCCUACAGGGCCCAUUUCUGGUAAAUUUUUAUUGCAGUGAUUUGUAUCUUCAGUCGCCGGUUUUGGAUUACCAGAAACACUCACUUAGUUAGAAAAUCGUGUACUGUGAUUUUAGA